AUGGCGCUUCCUGAUUGGACUGUAACUCUGGUUGCCACCGCAUCCUUUUUCUUUUUCGCUUUUGUAUGUGUUCGCCACACACGCAAAGGACACGCACUCUGGAGGAAACUGUUGUGCAAAGUAAUGGCCCGCACGGAGAAGCCGCUGUUCCGAAUUGCGUACACACUGUACACUAAGACCAGACUUGGCUACAUGUACUACAAGAGGCAAAUGAGGAAAGCCAGAGAACAUUACCCUGCUGGACACUCCACAGCUCAGCCCAUGGAGAUUAACGGCAUCAAAAUAGUUCCUAUUCCGGUCCUGUCCGACAACUACAGCUACCUUAUAAUUGACACAGCCUCUAGUGUGGCAGUUGUUGUCGACCCUGCGGACCCCCAAACCGUUCAGGCAGCUCUUAAAGAAGAGGGAGUGACUUUAGAAGCCAUACUCUGUACACACAAGCAUUGGGAUCACAGUGGGGGAAACAAAGGGUUAAAAAGGAUUCACAGCUCAUGCAGAGUUUAUGGAAAUGCGGCUGAUAACAUUCCUGGCCUCACGCACCCUCUCUCACACAAGGACUCGGUAACAGUCAGCCGGAUGCACUUUAAGGCCCUCUUCACUCCUGGACACACAGUGGGCCACAUGAUCUACCUCCUGGAGAGCCAGGUGGUGGACGCACCCUCCAGCCUCUUCUCUGGUGACCUGGUGUUCCUCUCAGGAUGUGGGCGGAUGUUUGAAGGCAGCGCCACAACAAUGCUGUCGUCUCUGGACACGGUGGCCUCCCUGAGUGAUGACACUCUUUUAUGGCCCGGUCACGAGUAUGCAGAGGACAACCUCCUGUUUGCGGCCGAAGUCGAGCCGCACAACACGGCCAGAGAAAACAAAUGCCAGUGGGUGCUGCAGCAGCGCGGCCAGAGGCUGUGCACGAGUCCCUCCACCAUCGGGGAAGAGAGGCAGUACAAUCCGUUCCUGCGCAGCCACUCGCCGGAUCUCCAUCUGGCCCUGGGCGUCCAGCAGUUCCAGGAUGAAGACUGGACCCAGUUCCGAGCUCGGGUGCUGGAGGAGCUGCGGAAGCGCAAAGACCUCUUCAACAGGAGGUAGUGUUCGACCGGAUGGCCAGCUCGACAACGGAGGAAUGAGCUCGCCUGUUCUGGCAAGUGGUACGUUUUUAAAGUAACAGCGAGCGGAGCUACGAGGUGCCGACUGAAAGGUGACACAUGUUCAAGGAAAGCCGUUUUGGAAAUUCCAAAGGGAGGGAAGUCAUUUUUUGACCUUUAUCCGAGACCACUAGGAACAUAGGCGCAACUUUAAUUUUGACAUGAUACGAAUCAAUAAGCCCAUUACCUCUCCACGUUUAUAUCGAGUUGAUUUUGUGUUGAUAGACAGAAGAAUGAUAAAUGAUUCCCCUUUAACGUAGAGAACUAAACAUGUAGAUUUGCACGAGUAGCUUUCUAUCGUUUUACAAGUAGUUAUGAGCAGAUUUCUGGUGCGUGAAAGAAUAGGAUAGCCGGCUGCCUACUAAGUUUAAUUUAGCAUGUUGGGUUCUGUAUUUCUACUGCAUAGUCUGUUGUUGUUUUUUAAGUAAUGCAUUGUUUUAAAAACCUUUCAUGGAGAUCUUUGGGAAGCUGGUUUCACAUUCACAGUGUUGCUGAGGAGCGAUUCACUUCUCCCUGGAUGUUGGGACUUUUUGGACUUGAGUAUUUAAAUGUGAAUAUUUGUUUUUGUUGUCUUGUUUUCAACAAGGAUGGUACGGUUAAUCUAACAAAUAUCACACAGACUUCUUGGUGUUGGCACAAUGCACAAGGAAGAGAAGCCUUUCCUGUGAAUUGUUGCUGAACCCAUGAGCCAGUUGUUUUGUAAGGAGAUGUCGCUCACAUUCAUUAUUUUACCAUGCUUGUAGUUGGUCUAAUAGUUUUUUACCAACAAGUUAACUUUCAUUCGAGGUUAAAGGUUCAGCCUUUGUUUGUAGAGGCAGAAUAAAUACACCACUCAAAGUCGCCCCCUCCUCCUCCGGGUUCAACGACACUAGAAGCGCCCGCCCCCUGACCUGGUUUAGGUUUUUUGUUUUUGUUUUGCCAUUUGUGUCCAGACACAUUAGAAUUAUUGUGCAUGGCUCUCUGUCAACAGUUUAGGAAAUAAAAACACUAUAAUAUAUUUUUUAUAUCACUAUACAGAAGGUGGUGAUGUGGACCAAAUCCCAGAUUUGCUGUCUGUUUGGAACGAGCUUUGUCCGCUUGGCGUUUCGCCCAGUUAAAUAAAUGCGCUUGACAUUUCCGCAGCUUCUUCUUGGAUGCAAGCUUACGAUGUGGCACCUGGUCGCUUCAUUUGGCGCCCAGAAAAAUCUGAAAAAAGUAAAAUAAGAGAAUACGUCUUUGCCCUGCUGCACACCUCGAGGGGGUCAUACGGUAUAUAUAUAUAUAUAUAUAUAUUUUUUAGAGGGAUUGUUUUGGAGUCGGCACAUUGUUUGUGAGGAACAUCCUACUCAUUCUGCCUUUUUAUAACAAAUUGUUUCACAUUCAGAGUUGUGCUGUUCAAGUCUGUCGCACUGCGAGACCAUGAACAACAAGUGUGAAGGAUUCGCAUUAUAAUGUAUGGGAUGGAAAUACUGUUGAAGAGAUCAUUUCUUAUGUUAACCCGUAAUGGAGAUAAUAAACAUACAGGUGAUGUUGAAUCAAGCACUCUGUAGAAAAACACUGUUCUGCCAUCAAUAAAAUUUAUUAUAUUUGAGCGAAAGAUGGUGAUGGACAGAUCUCUAAUUUUCGUUCUAAUAUGUGAAUACAAUGUGAAAUAGAUUCUGGUACUCACACUUCAGAAGGAAUUUUUUUUAUAGCCAAUUUGGAAACUUGGAAAUGUAUAUUAUUAAAUAUAUUGAAGGAGUUGUACUGUGACGAUACAAUGGAUGCAAAUGAUUUCAGUAUAAUAAACAAUCUUCUUCCCAUACACUUUUUUUCUGUUGUCAUGUUGUAAUAGAAAUGUGAUGCAGCCUCUGUUUGGGUGGAGACGGACCAGAAUGCAAAGGAAUAAACCUUUAAACUUCUGAGGAGCUGCGAACACUCCUCAGAUUCCUCCGGUGCUCCUGCACUAGUGCGUGUAUCAAAGCACCGUGUCCCCUGGUGAUUUUUGAAUAAAAUGUUAUUCUGUUUGUUUGAUGCCAAUUCCCAUCUUAUUUGCAUAUGUUUGAGUUAUGAAUACCACCACAUGGGAGACUGUUUUACUGCAGGUUACGUUUUAAUGAGGGGAAAAUGAAAGUAGACUCCUUCAUUAGAGCUGUGUUAUUUGUUGUCUUUGUCAGUGUUCAAAACUGACAGCUGAGUUAUUUUUCUUAUUGCUGUGACUACCCUAAACUCAAACGAGAGAAUAACCUACUUUAUGCACAUGCAGUAGAUACUCGGGGAAAAGAAAAAGGUGAAGUGAACUUUCUGUUGACAAAGCAGGGCAAUGGUACAGCGCAACAGGCAGUGGGUCCACAGACCAAUGGACUAUAGAUGUCACGUCUUCUGGAUAAAUCAGAGGGACACUGAUGAAUGUAAUGUAACUAGUAAUAUAUUUAAUAUUGUUUGAGUUUGUUCUUACCAACAUCAGAAGGCCCUUGAAAAGUCAAAACCUAUGUUGCACUAAAUCCAGUCAGAAGCCAACUUGCAUUGAAACUUACAAUCACUCAAUGCUUUUAUAAUAAAAAGACAACCACAGACAGAAACUCCUGACAAACACAAACUCAAUCUAUUAUAAAGAAAUGUGCAAUCAAUGUACAAUUUACUAUGUCGUUUAGGUCAAUAAUGAUACUAUUCCCACUGUAUUGUUUUUUAUUUUUGAUGCUGGCUCAUAAAGGAACAUCAUUAAAUGAAUGAUGGCUGAAUUCCACUGAGCUGCUUCAUUUUGGAGUAAUUGUGAAUGUUCAUAGUCUGAAGUCACACUUGUGCUUCUCUAGCCACAUCAAAAUGUCUGUUCUGAAAAUGGCCUAUUAUCUAUAAUCUUUAUGUAAGUCAAUCAUGAUCAUGACCAACAAGGCCCUCAUUAGACUCUUAUUACACUCAUUUACACAUCCCUGCACAACGGUAUACUUUAAUUACACACAUUACAUUGCAUUCUUUUUGGGAUUUUCAUAUUUUAAUGUGAAUUUUAUUCAUACCAAUGUACAAUGUUUAUUGUUAGACAAAAAUCCCCAAUUAAAAUUUGUGUAUGUGCAAACAUACAAUAAACUGUUUGGGCUUCUGAAUACUUGUAUGAUCGGACAAACAUAUCACUCACAACUAUAAGUGGUCAUUUCACAUCCCAUGGGAUUGCUUUAUAUUGUGUUGUAAACUUAGAUGUACAAAAAUAAAAUAAAGCAUUCAUAAAAUAUA